UGUGGCGGAGGCAGAGCGCGCGGGAGGAGCUGCGUGAAGUACCGGAAACGGGGAAAAAUACUUUUAAAAAAUAAAUGCAGGGUUGUUUUUGUUCUUUUAUAAGUGAGCAGGUGUUUUUUUUAAUGUAUUUAUCUUUUUAAAUAAUCCAAUAAUGGCAGGAUCUCUGAUCUGAUUUUCAUGUGCACAACAAUGUUUUUGAAACAUUUUCGCCUUUAUAGAUUUUUAGCAAAAGCUUUUAGAGUAAAUAAAUGACUGUUCUUUUAUUAUUUCUGCAGGCAUUUACUAAUUAAUUUUGAAAAACUUAACCGGAAAAAGCUCUCAUCUUCCGCCUGCCUCGCUGGCGUUGGGGACAGUCCACUGUUUGAUGUGAGCAGCAGCAGAGGUUUGAGCGCGCCUCCUCCAGGAGCGGCUCUCACUUCAUGCGGACGGCGCGCGCACACUGUUCCCGCUCCCGCUGCUGCUCCUGGACAUCCCGCCCGCCUCUCCAGACGCGCCAGUCCAUCCCUUUCGUGUCGGUCGGAGCGUGCUCCGGCUUUCUCGGUGAAGAUGCCCGGCUGAGAGGCGCGCAACAGCGUCCAACCGCAGCGGCACCGCCGCCUGACAGCGGAGCUUGUUGCUGGCGGAUCCCAGGAGCGCAGUUCCGCGUAAUGGAUUUACAGAUGUCUGCAGAAAGUUGGAUUUUGUGAGGAGCUUCGUGGAAACCCCAGAGAAUGGACAGAAUACGCGUGAAUUUUUAGAAAAGGCGCUUUGGAAUCACACCAAGAGAGGAGAUGCUCAGAGCGUGGAUCCUCUUCUUUCUCGUGGAAGAGGCCUUCGCUCUGGCGCAGAGGACUAAAGAAUCUCAGAGCAAUCAUGGCGCCCAGACCCAAAACCAGAACGACUGUGGGACUUGGGUGCGCAACAUCAACGGCGGCGUGUUCAUGUCGCCCAACUACCCCAACACCUACCCCCCCAACAAGGAGUGCAUUUACAUCCUGGAAGCUCUCCCUCGACAGAGGAUCCAGCUUUCCUUUGAUAAGAAUUACUACAUCGAGCCGUCCUUCGAGUGCCGCUUUGAUCACAUCGAAGUCCGCGAUGGCCCGUUUGGCUUCUCGCCGCUCAUCGACCGCUUCUGCGGGGGCAAGAACCCGGGUCUGGUCACGUCCACGGGCCGGUUCAUGUGGAUCAAGUUCACCAGCGACGAGGAGCUGGAAGGCCUCGGCUUCCGCGUCACGUACACCUUCAUCGCAGACCCUGACUUCCACCUGCAUGUGGGCGGACUGCUGAAUCCCAUCCCAGACUGUCAGUUUGAAGUUGGUGGAUGGGAUGGGAUUAUCCGCUCCAGUCAGGUGGAAGAGGAGGAGCGGGUGAAGCCCGGCGAUGCUCUGGACUGUAUCUGGACCAUCAGAGCCCCCCCUCAGUCCAAGAUCUACCUGCGCUUCAUCGACUACCAGAUGGAGCACUCCAACGAGUGCAAGAAGAACUUUGUCGCCGUGUACGACGGCAGCAGCGCCAUCGAGAACCUCAAGGCCAAGUUCUGCAGCACGGUGGCCAACGACCUGAUGCUGGACAACGGCGUGGGGGUUGUGAGGAUGUGGGCCGACGAGAAGAGCCGCCUCAGCCGCUUCCGCAUGCUCUUCACCUCCUACAUAGACCCUCCCUGCACAGCCAACACCUUCUUCUGCCACAGCAACAUGUGCAUCAACAACACGCUGGUGUGCAACGGCGUGCAGAACUGCGUCUAUCCUUGGGAUGAAAACCACUGCAAAGAGAAGCGCUCCAAGGGGAUUUUCCAUCAGAUCACCAAGACCCACGGCACAGUUAUCGGCGUCUCCUCGGGCAUCGUCCUUGUGCUGCUCAUCAUCUCCAUCCUGGUGCAGAUGAAGCAGCCGAGGAAAAAGGUUGUGGCCCGCCGCCCUGGCGUUUUCAACAAGGCCGGGUUCCAGGAGGUCUUCGACCCGCCUCACUACGAGCUCUUCUCGCUCCGCGACAAGGAGAUGUCCUCUGACCUAGCUGACCUCUCUGAGGAGCUGGACAGCUUCCACAAGAUGCGGCGCUCCUCCACCAUGUCCCGCUGCGUCCACGAGCAUCACUGCGGCUCCCAAGGCUCCGUCACCACCGCCGGCGGCGGCGGGGGCGGCGGGAGUAUGAAGCACAGCCGCACCACCCUGAGCUCCAUGGAGCUGUCUUACCACAACGACUUCUCCAAGCCCCCGCCCAUGAAGACUUUCAACUCCACCUCCAGCUACAAGAAGAGCUGCUACGGCUACAAGCAGCACGCACAGGCGCACGACUGCGACCAGCAGGUGAUUGAGGACCGCGUGACCGAGGAGAUUCCCUGUGAGAUUUACGGGCGUGGAGCUUCGGGAAUCUCAGGAGGAGCUGCAGGUGGGGGAGCGAUGGGAGGAGGCGGACCUUCGGGGAUCGCAGGAGGAGGGAUCGGAGGGGCCGUAGGAAUAACAGGAGGAGUGGCGAUGGGGGGUGGGAUGGGAAUGGGUGGGCCCAGCGGCAUCGCUGGAGGCAUAGGUGGAGCCAUGGCCGGCGCCUGUGGAACCCUCAGCAUCCGCGGCUCCAGCUCCCGCAACAGCACCACCUUGGUUGACCCCCAGCAGCGCUCCAUAUCCAUGGACUUCUAAAAGGAGACAGGAUUCCUCCCGUUUCCUGGCGCAGCGAUGGAGAGCGCCUCCCUCUCGUGCUCCUCGUGUGGGGAGAACAUGGCGGAAUCAAUAAAAAGCGAGUCUGGAGCCACAGAGCGUUUUCUUCCUGACGGAUAAAAGACGAGGUGGAGGAAUCCCGUGUAAUCUGUCUUUCCAUCUGAGACUUGUCGGAGGAUUCUCUCACUUCCAGAACUAUCAAAGAAAACAUCAAGAGAGACCAAAUUUUUACAUCCAUCCCCGAGCCAUGCUCAGAUAUAUAUGAUAUGACCUAUAGUGUUUCUUCUGAUAAUUUAUUUCUUUAUUUUUGUCUGUGUACGGUACUGUUAAAAGCCAGUAUAUUAUCCAGCCUUAUGGGGACUCUCAGCUAUCAACCUUUUUCAAACAUGGGUCAGAUCAUUUCACCACUGCUUCUCCACAACUCGGGAGGAGGAAUUGCUUUUAUCGGAGCUGAUUAAGGACUGAGGAUUUAUAGUGAUGUUAUAUUCAUAUAAUAAGGAUGUAGUUGUCAUGGUUACCUCACAAACAGAGGAUAUCUUCCACGUCGUCUCUCCUCAGGAUGAGCACACGAAGAGACGAACUUAUUUUGUUACGUAACUGGAAAAAAACAACCAUAGUUAGAGGAUUGUUGCUGUGUGGGAUUAUGUGGAGACUCAAAUUGGCUGUGCGACGGGAUUAAAACAACAAUCUCCCCUCGUUAAAAAAGCCUGUGUUAAGCAGGAGGAAAAACAUCUUUUUUUUUAAGUAUUAUUAUUAUUCUCCCUUAACCAGAGUGUGUCAAACAAGCACAACUUGUUUCCUUAAGUGACAGACUUAUAUUCAGUAGUGGACUCAUUUUAUGAUUUUAAUCACUGGUUGUAUGAUUUAUUUCUGUUGAAUUAAAGGUGAUCUUACUCACAUCA